AUGAGCUCUUCCUUCACCAUCUCCCUCCUCCUCCUCUUCUCCAUCAAUUUGCUCAUCAGCAUCUCUCACAUGAGCGAAGCGGCGCCUAUUUUAACCGGCAACUAUUGCCCCAACACCAAACCCUUCCUUCCUAAUUCCACCUACCAAAAGAACCUCAACAAACUCUCAUCACUUUCCUCCGCCGCCGAUUCCACCGGUAACAACAUCAGCAGCAAUGGGGGGUUCACCAAUGCCACCGCUAGCCAAUACCCACCACACCAGACCUACGAGAUCUUCUUCUGCCAUGGUGACAUCAACGCCGCAACAUGCAGCGGCUGUGUAGCCACUGCAGCUGAUGAAAUCGGCCAGCGAUGCCUCAGCAAGAGAACCUCUAUCAUCUGGUAUGACAUAUGUGUUGUAUCUAGCAAUAUCAUCUAG